AUUGUUGGUAAUAGCUUUUUGUUAACUAUUGGUUUUUUACCAAAAGAAAAAAUUCCUCGAUGUACGUCGGUAAUGGAAAAAUGACCAGAGUAACUUUGCCCAAUUGUGUUAAGAAGCAAACUGUUCUGCGGUAUAUUACAAAAUUUGCUAUGGACGCGCAAACUAGCGCUUAUAGAAAAAUGCUGGCCUGCACCGUAUCGAGCAUUCUGGUAGAAAAAGGAUUCGAUACGGUUGAGAAAGACGCUCUCGGAUCGCUCACGGAAAUGAUCCAGGCGUUUCUUUCGGAAAUCGGUUUUCUCAGUAAGAAUUAUUGCGAGCUCUCUGGCCGAACAGAGCCUCUUAUUGCCGACGUCAUUUUGGGAUUUACAGAAAUGGGUUUUGAGUUCAGUUCUCUAGAAAACUACAUCAAGUCUAGCAAGCACUCGGUGCUACCCUCGUUGCAAGCCCAACAGGCUCAGAAACAACUGAGUAUGCUUUCAGCUGGCAAGAAACAUGAUUUGCCCUCGUACAUCCCCCAACAUUUCCCCUCAUUUCCAGAUCCUCACGCUUAUGUUCGGACACCUACUCACAAGCAACCCAUUAUUGAUUAUGAGUCGGUGCGUGAGAAAGCCGCUGUCCAGAAAAAAGACGUGGAAAGGGCAUUAACAAAAUUUCUGGCCAAAACUAGUCCCACUCAUAGUUUAUUUGAUACAGAUGAGUCAAACAUAUUUUUAUUGAUUGCAUCAAAACCGCCUUACCCUCCUUAUCUUAGCGCGCUUUUACCACAGGACCAAAUUUUUGAUGCCGAAGACCUAGAGUAUGAUCCAAAGGCACAAAUACAGAGGCAGCAGAAGGAGCAUGAGGAAGCAAAGAACAUUAGUGUCAAAGAAGAACAGGAAGAGUCUCGAGAGAACGAAUCGCAAAACGAUUCCAUUAAAAGUGAAGAAAACACAUCAGGAAGUAAUUUUAUAGAUAAUCCCUAUUUAGCAGCAACCAAGUUACCUGUUAAGGACCACAUCGAUGUUUGUUGAUUCCAGGCGGACUAUUUUUAUUUAUUUACAAGUGUUAAUUAUGAAAAAUAAAAUGUUUUUUUAUUUAUUCAGUUCAAUAAUUAUUACCUUGAUAAGGACCAUAGAAUAAGAGAGAACGAGUUUUUUGAGGACUUUAUGCUUGAGGUUUUUCGGUACAACAGCGAAGGAGUGAAAACUACCUGAGUAUUGUUGUGCAAAUCUUUAGGCAUCGGCCCUAAUUUUAAUUGUUUUCUGUUAUUUGGUGAGUCCAUUUAACGCAUCCAGUUAUAUAUCAGUUUCUGUGGCUGGUAGUUUCCUCCUCUUGGCCCUCUAACCUUAACCAUGGGGGACUCUUCGGGGGGCGAGGGCCCCCGACGGUUAAUGCUGCACAAGAAAAUGACAGUUUAUCCAAUGAUUCUCAAAAUCGUCCGUUGAACGCCAUUAUUUGUAACAUUUUGCCACCGGAUUGCCAAAAAACUGCUGAAGAUAUUUCUAGGCUCCAGUAUUUUGAUGUGCCCUCAGGUGAAGAGUUGUCAAAGUUAUCGGCAGAGAUCCAGAUUAUCAAGAAUCAGUUCGAGCAAGACGCUGAAAUCCUGCGGGAAGUUGCCAAAAUCUCCGCAAACAUAAGAAGGACAGUAAAUCGGAAAACAAAAUAUGAAAUCACCAAUCAGGGGCCUUUUAUGGUGAUUCUGGAGGGGAUUACAAGUAAGGUGGGGACUCUUCAUCCUAUGAACUUUGGGAAGUUACUUCAAGCGCAGAAAGUUCAAGGUAUAUUGAAAAUUUCUAGAAAAGGAGCUAAUAAAAUCGGUUUGGAGUUUAACACCUCUGAGUCUGCAAAUAAAUUUUUAUCUAAUGAAACAUAUUCGACAGCUGGUGGGUAUAAUAAGUAUAUACCUCAAAGACUAGUCACUUGCCGAGGGUUGGUGAGGGACAUUGGUGACUUAAUUGAUGAGGAUGAUUUUUACUCUGAGGCAGAAGCCAAGGUUAACAUCGGAAGAUCGCUAAAGCGCGUUAAGAUUGUUAAUGUUCGCAGACUAACUAAAAGGGUCAAAUGCCCAGGUGUUCUGCCUGGCACUUUUGGUUUCAAGACAGUUCCAUCUAAUGAUUAUAUAAUAACAUUUGAGGGUAAAACUCUUCCAGAAUCAAUCUGUAUCUAUAAAAAUGAGUGUUCAAUCGAAAAAUAUGUUAGUCCUGUUGUCUUAUGUAUGAAUUGUUGCAGGUUUGGUCAUUGGAAAAACCAAUGCAAAAGCAAGGGUAGAUGUAGUUUCUGCGCUGGAGAUCAUCCAGUAUUUCAUUGUGAACUGAAAGAACAGUUUUAUAAGAAGAAACCAUGCCCGACAGACCACUUAAAUCAUGAAGGUAAAUGCAGCCUGGGUAAUUGCGAAAUAUCUCCAAAGCCAACUUGCAUCCACUGUAAAGGCUCUCAUCAGGCCACUGAUAGAUCAUGUCCGGAAAUGGACAGACAGAAGAAAAUCAAUGAGGCUAUGGCAUAGUACAACCUAUCCUUCUUUGAAGCGGCCAAACUCUUUCCAAGAGGCCCCAAAUCAAGUGAGUUUAAUCGCUCUAAUGAAAAUUUCCCUCCUAUUCAUAACACGGUUGCCCCCGUCUCUCAGCCUUCCCCUAGAUCUGCUUCUAAAACUUAUUCUGUCAUAGCAAAAAAGCGUAAGUCCCCCCAAAUAGAAUCAGGGUAUGAUAGGGACGCCUACAGGGAUUGUCUCGUGCCGCCUUUGACUAGGCAGAAGUUGAAUCACACUAGCAAAAGUCAAUCUUCUCCCUCAUAUUUAAAUGACUUAUCGUCAGAGUCCGAGAUGGACACUGCUUCUCCAGGGGUUUCUUCCUCUGGUGAAUUUUGGUAUCGGUUUGAAAAUUUAAAGAAAAAAGUUUUGUCCAAUAUACCCAGUAAAAGUGCUUACCAUGA